CAUCCUCUACCAGACAGGUGUACAAUCUAAAGAUCUUGUGAAAUAGGAAAAGCAGGGAUCUGCAGGGAUCAGAAAUGAUAAGAUCAAUGAGGCAGGGUUGUAAGUCAAGCAGAGGGUCUGCAGGUUCAGUCUCCAGGCUCAGAGCGGGUUCACGAAAGCUGGACUGCAUUGAGGUACCAUGGACAGCAACAGCACGCCGUGGAGCUCCAGCUCACCUCCUCCAUCCAUCUACAGCGAGGUGAUGACUGUGGUGCCUACCGUCUUCCCACGGCUGGGCUACAGUAUACUUUCUUUCCUCAUGUUCAUCACCACACUUUUAUCUGUUUUUAAUAAUGGUCUGGUCAUCAUCGUGAUCCUGAGAUUCUUUCUUCCAGCCUAUGAACAUUUUAUCCUUAGCCUGGCUGUGUCUGACCUCAUGAUAGGCCUGUGUGGCUUGAUCGUCACUAUCACUAACUACAGGGGCUCCUUCUUUCUUGGCCACUCGGCCUGGUUUUUCAAGGAUUUUCAGGUCAAUUAUUUUGGUCUGGUGUCUCUCUGCACUCUCACUUUGCUUGCCUAUGAGCGAUACCACGUUGUGUGUAAACCAAAGGCUGGUUUAAAGCUGAGCAUUCGGAGAAGCAUCAUCGGGCUUCUGUUUGUCUGGGUCUUCUGCCUGUUUUGGGCUGUGGCUCCAUUAAUUGGUUGGAGCUCUUACGGACCCGAGGGAGUCCAGACUUCGUGCUCUCUGGCCUGGGAAGAGAGGUCAUGGAGCAACUACAGUUAUCUCAUCCUCUACACCAUCCUCUGUUUUAUUAUCCCUGUUACAGUCAUUUUCUAUUGCUACUACAGAGUGCUGAAAUCCAUGAAUAAGCUGAACAGGAGUGUGGAGCUCCAAGGUGGGCGAUCCAGCAAGAAGGAGAAUGAUCAUGCCAUUACUAUGGUCCUGGCUAUGAUCAUAGCUUUUUUUGUUUGCUGGCUGCCCUACACGGCUUUGUCUGUGGUUGUGGUUGUGGAUCCAGAGCUCUACAUCCCUCCGCUGCUUGCCACUAUGCCCAUGUACUUUGCCAAGACUAGCCCUGUCUAUAACCCCAUCAUCUAUUCUUUUUUAUGUCAACAGUUCCGUGAUGCCACGCUGGAGAUGCUGUCGUGUGGCCGUUACAUUCCCCAUGGUCCCACCAGCGUCAGCAUCACCAUGCCCUCCUUCAGUAUCGGGAGCCUGCUCGCUUCCUCAAGCAGAAACAGCAAAACACACAGCAAGGUGCUGCCUCUGUGACUUUUCUCCAGUGAAAAACAAGAAGCUGCUAGGGUUGUUACUGUCAACUGGUGCCUCACUGAGGACACAGACCUGCACAUCUACUGGCCUGUGUCUUUCAGAGAGGUUUUCACGGUAA